AGUGUUUGGUUCAUCCGAUCGGCAGUCUCUUGCCAUGAUCCAAACCGAUUCGUAACUAACUGUUAACGGUGCUGAUGGACGCCACGAACGCCAGUACGUCAUUAUUCAGUGUUCAUUGUUCGAUAUUCAAGUAGGCAUCACGAUCGUGGCUGAAACAAAGCUCAUGGUAUAGUUUGUAUGUUUUAUGUCUUUCAAUUAAAAAGCGGUUGCAUCGUGAAAUUCAAUCAACUUAUCACCAUGGCUGACGAAAGCCCAGUGAUUCGGCAUCAUAGUUUGAGGCACUUUAAGGCCAACAAUGCCAUAAGUGAUCAUCAGUCGGAUAACCUGGUGUCGGACGAAGAGCUAAGUGUCGGUGGAACUACUCCUCCACCAGCGGAUCAACACUCGGGCGAUGAAUUCGCUUCGCCUGAAAGUCUCAAAGAUGAAAACCGCGACAUGAAUGGAAUUUCCGAAGACGAUAAAGACUCAGUUGCAUCAGCCGCGAAUAUAAUCAAAUUCUCAAUUGACAAUAUCCUCAAUCCGGAGUUCGGCCGGAUGAACCCGGCAGAAUCGGCCGCGGCCGUGGCGUUUCAUACGCACCACCAUCAGCUGAUUCAGCAGCAGCAGCAGUUGAGUUCCUCAGCGAGUGCUACUGGUAGUUUCUUAGGGGCUUUUCAUCAGUUGCCGUUCCUGGCUGCGGCACGCCAAAUGAUCCUGGCAGCCACGGCCGCUGCCGGCUCAUCCAUCGACUAUCAUCAACACCAACUGGCGGCUCAUCACGCUUCUGUGGCGCAAGUCAUUACACAUCCGCACCAACUCAAUAGCAUGUUGCUCGCUCAUCAAGCGCAGCAUCAUCCAACGGCUCUCAAUCUAGUCGAAAAUUGCACGGACAAAUAUCUCGGUGGAGCUAAUGGCAAGAACUGGUUACCCCAUCAGCCAACGCCGUCUGGCGGAGCGCUCACCGGCCGAUCUCAUGACAACCGGCAAGCGACGUCUCAUCCUCUUACUGCGUUAGCAUCGGCAACUGUCGCUGCCAGCGCUAAGGCCAAAACUCAACAAUUGCAUAAGGGACACCAUCAACCGACCGGAAGCAAAGCUAUCGAUCUGAGCGUUCGCAAUUCUGCGUCGCCUCCGGAUCCCGGUCAUCGACUAAGUGCGGGACUGGUGUCCGAGAAACAGUCAGCGUCUCAACAAAGCCCGUCACUUCACUCAAGUAGCGCCGAUGAUAACUCGUCUGCUAGUCCGGUUCGAUCCGUUUCCGUUGGUGGGUCGAUUUGUUCCGUCGGCAACAACGAACUUGCGUCUGGUGGCGGAUCUAGUGGGGGAAGUGCCAAUCAACAGCAAACAUCUUCGGGAGGCAGCGGCGGUGACAAGGAAGCUCUGUGGCCAGCAUGGGUUUACUGCACCCGAUACUCCGAUCGGCCAUCUUCCGGAAGAAGUCCUAGGGCACGUCGGAUACGGACGAAAAAGGACCGCAAGGCGGAAGAGAAACGGCCACGGACGGCCUUCACCUCGGAGCAGUUGGCCCGGUUAAAAAGUGAGUUCACGGAGAACCGCUACUUAACCGAGAAGCGGCGUCAAGAUUUAGCGCGUGAGCUGCAACUACACGAGAAUCAAAUCAAGAUUUGGUUUCAAAACAAGAGGGCAAAGAUUAAGAAAGCCUCCGGACAAAAGAACCCUCUGGCGCUCCAGUUGAUGGCCCAGGGUCUCUACAAUCACUCAACAAUGGCGAUGGACGACGACGAAGACGACGAUGACGAGAUGAUGCAACACCAAGAAUAAGAGCCCCUCGUUUUCGAUUUUUGUUUCUUCAAUGAACAAACGAUCCAAAAGAAGAGGCUUCGAUAACGAGCAAAGACUGUUGUAAAGAAACCCACUGAUGACGGUCAUCAAUAAUCAUUAGCACCUGCAGUAUCUCUCCCUUUUUUUUUAAAUAUUGUUGUUCUGUAUUUUGUAUUUUUGUCGUGGCACGUUUAUGUGUUUAUGUAAAUUAUGUGUACAUUUUAAUUUGACUAUAGAAGAACCGCAAUAAAAAAAACUUGAAAAACGAAAA